AUGCUGGUGUCACUGCCCAUUGGGACUUCCAGGGGAAGGCUAGACAGUGGCAAAAGAGCGAGGAGAGCACACUUGUCAGACUGUGCCCAAUGAACUGAUCUGCAUUUAGAUUUAGCUUAGGAUUUUUACUUUUAACAGGUACCUGAAGUUUUUGGCAGUAAAACCAUCAUGACAGACCUGGGCUGCAAAAAGCCCAGCGACUGCACUGUCUCCAGGCUACUCAGUGUUGUGGAGAGCGAACUCCGGGCUGGGAGAGACAAAGGUGACCCCACAGAGAAACAGCUUCAGGUUGUCUUGGAGGAUGCUACGCUCUGGCAGAGAUUCAGGGAAGUCACUAACGAGAUGAUCGUGACCAAGAAUGGCAGGCGGAUGUUCCCUGUCUUAAAGAUCAGCGUAUCAGGCUUGGACCCAAGUGCCAUGUAUUCCUUUCUGUUAGACUUUGCCCCAACUGAUGGCCACCGCUGGAAGUACGUCAAUGGAGAAUGGGUGCCAGCUGGGAAGCCUGAGCCACCAAACCACAGCUGUGUCUACAUCCACCCAGAUUCUCCCAACUUUGGGGCCCACUGGAUGAAGGCUGCCAUUUCCUUCAGCAAAGUCAAACUUACCAACAAGCUCAAUGGGAACGGGCAGAUAAUGUUGAACUCUCUGCAUAAAUAUGAGCCUCAGGUACACAUAGUUCGUGUAGGAGGCCCCCAUCGGAUGGUGAUGAAUUGUUCCUUCCCUGAGACUCAGUUCAUAGCUGUGACUGCCUAUCAAAAUGAAGAGAUAACAGCUCUCAAAAUCAAGUAUAAUCCCUUUGCCAAAGCCUUCCUGGAUGCAAAGGAAAGAAGCCAUCCAAAGGAUGCUCCAGAAACAGUCUCUGAAGGUCAACAUAUGACAUAUUCUCAUUUGGGUGGCUGGCUGAUUUCCAGCCCAGACACAAUGUGUGCAUCAGGAAGCUCUAACUAUCAGUACCCUGGACCUCUGUCUCUGCCGGCUCCACACACUUCCCACGGCUGUGAGCGGUAUUCAGCCCUCCGAGGACACCGGGCUGCUCCGUACCCGCCUUCGUACAUUCAGAAAAAUCACUCACCUACAGUGAAUUUGUUGGAGAGCUCCAGCAAUAAUCUUCAGGUAUUCCCAGGACAUGACAGCUGGACUCUGCCAUCUUCUCCACAUGCUAAUUUGCUCUCAGUGCCACACACCAAGGGAACUGCCAGCCCUGGGCCCAGCCAUUACCCAUGUCUCUGGACAGUGAGCAACAAUGCUGUAAAUGUUGCCAACCCAGGGAAUGAGGUGAACAGCAGCCCUUCAAGCAUGUUCCUAAGGGGUAAUGUCCCUUUACCCACUGGAUCUUCAUCCGUCCAAAUCCCUCUGCAGGGAACAAUCUCUGGCAACAUGGAAACACAAGGGGAAACUGCUCUAGUCAGACUAGCCGACGCUGCCUGGGCAUCCUCACACUCCUUCUAAUGGACAGGCAGCUCACAAGGGAAGCUCAGCCAAACAACACUGACAAAAGCACCAAAGG